AUGCGGUGCGCGAACAAGGCCGCCGAGAGCGCGUCCGCACGUCUCUGUGCGGACGCCGAAGCAGAAACUACAGCAACUGAUGUCUCAUCGGUUUCUGAAGCGACUCAGCUUGUGUCACUUGGUGAUGCAGGCGCUGGUCAUGAAGACACUCAUGUCUUCACAGAGUAUGAGCUCGGUGUCUCAUACUCUCCCGAUACGUAA